ACAUACAUUUUUAAAGUGCUAGUGUUGGAACCUUCAUUACCUGUUCAGGUGCCAACCAUAGCCAACCCUACUACAUCUUUACCUGUUCAGGUGCCAACCAUAUGUGAACCAACUACUGAUAGCUUGAAGAUGCUAGUAUUGGAACCUUCAUUACCUGUUCAGGUGCCAACCACAGCCAACCCAACUACAUCUUUACCUGUUCAGAUGCCAACCAUAUGUGAACCAAUUACUGAUAGCUUGAAGGUGUAG